AUGGGCAGUAUCGAGGCGCGUGGCGGGCUGACGACGCGAUGGUGCGCAAUGGCAGCAUCGAUGGCCGCCCUAGCCACCAUUACCACCGUCGGUAACAUAGCCGUGUUGAUCGCGUUGCGGCGCACGCGCACUGCGCCUGCUCAUUACCCGCUCGCCAGUUUAGCUACUGCUGAUCUACUGGUCGGCUUCUUUGUGCUGCCUGUCGCUGCUGCAAGGGAGCUGUUUGUGUUUCAGUCUAACUGGAUAAUCUGCAGCUGCUGGAAGGUCAUGGACAUCCUGUGCUGUACAGCAUCCAUCCUGUCUCUCUGCUGCUUAGGCUGGGAACGCUGGUGCGGGAUCACAGCUCCUUUCGCUCGAGCCAGGCGAGCCAGGUUAGCCAGACUCUUCGCUUGUCUGGUCUGGCCGGUAUCUUUGGCUGUGGCAUUGCCAACCGCAUUCAUUCCGUCUCCAAAGACCUUGCAGAUAGGAGUGGAGAAAGGAUGUCCUGAUAAUACGCAUAUUGGUUAUGCAUUCUACUGCGCUUCCCUUUCGUUCUAUCUGCCUGCUGUAAUGAUGGUGGUGCUAUAUGCUCGUAUCCUGUGCGCCCUCUCAGUGCCACUGGAGAUACGGUCCCAUCGAGGAGCGGUGCAGGGUUCAGAUCAGAACAGUCAAGUGGAUAAAGCUUCUACAUCGGCAUUAAGAAGGUCUGUUACUGUUAUCACGGAGUUAUCCACAUUACCUGAGCGGACUAAUACUGAGGUAGCAUCAUCUCCAAAAGACAAUAACAUGAAUGCACUAACGAGAACUGUCGAAUGCACUACAGCGUCCCCAGCAAAACACCCUGGAGCUCCGAGUUCAAUCAUGUCUCGUCAGCAGCGCGCCACCCGCACCAUCAUCAGGCUAAUGGGGUUAUUCCUAUUCUGCUGGACACCAUUCUUCAUUGUGUUGCCAGUCGAUGCGCUCUGCCACUGCGUCUGGGAACCUGUGUGGCAGGUGUGCACUUGGCUAGGGUUCACCAACUCGGCACUGAACCCGUUGGUCUACGCAGCAGCGUCACCCAGCGUCAGGAAGGCACUUCAUGCUUCCUUGACUAGCUCCGUUCGACCUGAAGUGUCUAUGACACCGAAUGUUCGUAACUGCUAUUGA